CCUAAACCUACAAUUCAAGGGCGCGUUUGGCAAAGUUUCGAUUUUCCAAUAGCAACGACAACUAUGGAGAACUGAUUCAGAUUACUUCUUCUUUGAAUGAUAUUCAAGACAUGCUAGAGAAUGAGAGAGAGCGAUUAAACCCUAAAAGAACAGCGAAGAAGAGUGAGUGAGUGAGUGACUACUGAAUAGUGAAUAGUGGCAUAUACUUUAACUGUUAACUGAUUCAACCACCACCUUCGAUUCUUCGAUUCAUCAAUGUUUGCUGCUAGGAAUCUGCAGAAGCAUUGCUUCAAGUCGCUACCCUCUCUCCUUCAACUUCAUCCCAAUCUCUACAAAAAUGCUGUAACUUUAGAACAUGCACAGCUGCACAUAUCAACCAACAUUAUUCAAGUUCAACCACAUGAUGAAGUUACUUCGAAGUAUUCUUCUUUUAAGACAUUCAAUCUUUUGAAUGGAUCAUCGCGGGCAAUGUCAACGAAAGGAAGGAGUAUGAGAAGCAAGGUGGAAAGGCGAAUGCAGAAGGAGUCUGGUAAAACAUUAAGGGAGAUUCGGAGAGCUAAGAAACUGAAGAAGAAACUAAUGACUGAGGAGGAGAGGCUCAUUUACAAUCUCAAAAGGGCCAAGAAAAAAGUGGCAUUGCUACUACAAAAGCUCAAGAAAUAUGAACUACCAGACCUGCCUCCCCCCCGGCAUGAUCCAGAGCUCUUAACACCCGAACAGCUUCAGGCAUUUAAAAAAAUUGGAUUCAAGAAUAAGAAUUAUGUUCCAGUUGGUGUCCGUGGAGUCUUUGGAGGAGUUGUUCAAAAUAUGCACAUGCAUUGGAAGUUUCAUGAGACUGUGCAAGUUUGUUGCGACAACUUCCCCAAGGAAAAAAUCAAAGAGAUGGCCUCAAUGCUGGCAAGAUUGAGUGGUGGGAUUGUGAUUAAUGUUCACAAUGUGAAAACAAUCAUCAUGUUCCGUGGUAGAAAUUAUCGUCAACCUAAAAAUUUAAUACCUGUUAACACCCUUACAAAGAGGAAGGCUCUAUUCAAGGCAAGAUUUGAGCAAGCUCUCGAAUCUCAGAAGUUAAACAUAAAGAAAUUAGAACAGCAGCUCCGGCGGAUGGGAGUAAAUCCCGAGGAUCCGGCUGCCAUGGCUAGCAUCCAGAGAGUUGCUUCCACGUUUUUCAAUGCCAUUGACAAGAAAGAGGGAAGCCCUUAUGUCUUCAAAGAAGGCAAGGCAUCACUAAUUGAGCCUCCCGAAAGUUUGGAAGAGCCGGAGCCUGCCGAUGAUAGUGAUCAAGAAGAGUUAGAUCGGUUCAUUGCCGAGAUAGAGGAUGCAGCAGAUAAAGAAUAUGAAGCUGAAGAAGCGAAAGAGAAUGAAGAGAUGGGCAGGAUUAGAUAUUGGAACAGAGAAGAGUAUAGUGGGAGAUUCAGAAGAUUGGAUGCUUCUAGAAAUGAUGACUACGACAAUGAGGGUAGAGGCUCAAGGGUUCAUCAGAAAGCUCAUUCCAAGCAUCGAGUCACUGAUAGUGAAGAUGAAGACAACGCUCAUUCUGAUGACAACAAUGAUGAUGAGUGGCAGUCAAGUAAUAUCACGGAUGCUAGUGAUCUCGACGGAUAUUCUGACUCUGACGGCCGGUUAGAAGCUAGGCCUAGGUUCAAGGGAAACAGGGUUGAUAGAGGGAAGCAGAACGAUACCGGUACAUAUAUCUCCAGAACUAGAGAAAGCUCAAAUACGCAGAGUGAGGGUAAAUUUAAGAGGAAUAUAGCCACAGAAGAUUCUGAAUCAGAAGGUAUGUUCAGUGAUGUCGAGAAUGCAAUGUGGGAGUCCGACGGGGAAGAAAACGACACGGCAAGACAGUUCAGGGAAGACUACAAGAGCCGCAGCAGUGACGAUGAGUAAUCACAUCGAAUCAAGAGCGACAAAGGGAAUGGUAAGAAGGGUCAAGAGGGUAAGGUCAGUGAUUCUUCUGGCCAUCAUAAUGCACCAAAGAGUGCACUUGGUGACUCACAAGUUUGGAUGUUGAAUUCAGAUGCUGAAGAAGAAGACACAAGAGUAUCUAGAGCUGAUACUAAUAGUGAAAAAAGUAAUGUUGCUAAGAAAGAUAACAAAAGAACACCAUAAAAUGCAACAUCAUUGAUCACUGAUUUCAUUGAUAACAUAAGGAAUGUAUUAGGCACAUAAUGUCCCAGUCAUUCUGGUAAUUUUUGUUAGACCCAAUUUUUAGCAAGAAAUAUUUUGUGUACUUAUUUUUUCUCGUAUACUAA